AUGGCAUCCUCCGAUGAUGACGAGGACCUGAAGCGAGCCAUAGCAUUAUCCCUUCAGGAUCCAACCACCGGCGGCGCAGGAGAAACAGCACGUGAAGCUAUCAGUCUCGACAGCGACAGCGAAACAGAGACAAGGCCCACAAGGACAGCUAGCCGUGCAGAAGUGAUCAAAGAGUGUCCAGACAUAAGAGCCGGACUAGAUCUAUCGGGCCUAGACCGUAAGCGAAUGGAACAGGAGCGGUUGGGUAGGAAGAGAAAAGCGCCGUCAAUCUCACCUCCACCACCCCGUAGAACAUGGGCAAGUGGCCCUCUUAUAGGAUCGGUAUCGGCAAGAGAGACAACAGCAACAGCACAUCAGGCUGCCCCAGCAUCUCGAGCCUCGUCCCCCUCUAACGGCAAGGGUCCUGUGUUUCUUGCAGGAACAGUCAAGAAGACCUGGGCGUUCGGCCAUGAACGCAAAGGCGAUGACAUCAAACUUGAAGAAGUUCUACAAAAAGAUGAACUUAAUCUGGCCGUUCUGAGUUCCUUCCAGUGGGACAUAGACUGGCUUCUGGCAAAAAUCAAUACGAGAAGUACUCACAUUACGCUUGUAAUGCAGGCUAAGGAUCAGGCGACUCAGCAGCAGUACCGGCGUGAAACCGCAGCAAUGUUAAAUCUACGGCUUUGUUUUCCAUCCAUGGAGGGCCAGAUCAGUUGCAUGCACUCGAAGCUUAUGCUGCUUUCUCAUCCUCAUCACCUAAGAGUGGCGGUUCCAACCGCUAAUUUGGUCUCGUACGAUUGGGGUGAAACCGGCAUUAUGGAGAAUAUGGUCUUCAUCGUCGAUAUGCCACGUCUGCCUAAAGGUCAAUGUACCAAAGCAGAGGACAUGACAUUCUUCGGCAAGGAACUGAUCUACUUUUUGGAAGCUAUGGGUCUUGAGCAGAGCAUCAUCGACAGCAUGUACAGUUUCGACUUCACGUUAACCAAAGAUGUCGCAUUCGUUCAUAAUAUUGGGGGUACGCAUUCUGGAGAUUUGUGGCAGCGUACUGGUUAUUGUGGACUGGGUCGCGCUGUGCAGGAACUGGGCCUUGCAACGGACAAGCCCCUCCACAUUGGAUUCGUCACUUCUUCGGUCGGGUCACUCAAUGACGACUUCUUAGCGAUGCUCUACCUUGCUGCUCAGGGUGAUGACGGUCUUACAGAGUACAGUUGGCGAAACCCACCCGUUACAUCUAGGAAGAAAAAGACGGCGCAUGAGGAUAUACAAGCAACUGACAGUGUGAGCGAGCGAUUACGGUCCCGUCUACGACAGGAUUUCCAGGUCUACUACCCUACUCACGACACCGUUAAGAAUUCAACCGCGGGCUCAGCAGGUACUAUUUGCUUCCAGUCCAAAUGGUACAAAUCGCCGAGUUUCCCGCGGGAAAUCCUACGGGACUGCAAGAGUGUACGGCCUGGUAUGCUUAUGCAUAACAAGCUACUUUUCGUACGGUCGGAAGACGACCCAUCCAAGUCCUGGGCGUACAUCGGGUCAGCCAAUUGUUCGGAGAGCGCGUGGGGCAAGCUUUUCAAGGAUCGGGCAACAAAAGAGCCCAAGCUCAAUUGUCGCAAUUGGGAAUGUGGGGUGGUUCUGCCAGCCCGUCUGAGUGUGUCUAGUAGCGACCAUGGUGGUCUGAAAGAGUUUGAGGGCAUCGUCCCGGUCCCAAUGCAGGUCCCUGGGGAAGCAUACGGCGAUAAGAAGCCUUGGUAUUUUACGGAGCAAUUUGAUCACUCUCGCCAGCAUAAAUUUCUGCCUCACGCCAUCUGGAUCAAAGCAACACUGGCUCAAGCACGGGUGACGAACGCCGCUGGUGGCCUUGUCCCUACACGCGACACUCUUACCCACGCACAGCGCAGCAGGACCCAGCAGACGAUGCCUAAGCUCCUCGACCUCCCAAAUGAGAUCCUCGAUAAGAUCGUCGACCAGAUCCAUCCUGAUGACAUCAUCAACUUCUCGCUUUCUCGCUUGCGCAUCUACCGUGUCGCCAGGGACGCCGUGUCACUCCACCUGGAGCGGAAGACGACUUAUGAAGACGUUGUACUACAUGGUUGCCACCGCCAUGCAGAUAACGCUCAUCCGUUGCGACUGAUACAGGAUAUCUGUACGGAUUGGAGGAUCGGAGAGUAUCCGAAAGUUCUUAUGAUCGAGUGUUGCCACCAUCCUUUGGGUCCUGAUUUUGUACCUGAGGAUCAGCAUGAUGAAAAAGAUAUUCGAAUGUACGAGGCUGAGAAGAGGGAGGAUGAUAUCAUUAACGACACUACCAUGCAAGUCAUACAAGGCGACAUUGAAGACAAAUAUGUGGAGUUAGGGUUUCCGUGCCCAACCCAUUUUGACGUGGAUAUCAUGUGUAUCGAAGCCGUUAGAGGCGAGAGAAGUGCAAUGCUUGGUCUUCUACUUCUAUUCAUACCUAACCUGGAGGAGUUGUGUCUCGACCGAUUCACGUUGAGCGCUCUUUACCUGCAUCCUGCUGUCGGUCCGAUGUCCGAGCUGAACGUGCGGCGGAGUCCGGGGGCACGAAAGCCUCUCAUGAAACUGUCCGUAAUUACCUUUCUGGGGUCUGACAACAAUGUGUGGGGGGGUGAGAAUUUUGAAGCCUUUGGGUGGUUUUCCGCGCUUCCAUCUUUACGGCAGAUAAAAGGAAGGUUCGUGGAAGGUCACGAUGAGCCCCUUACCAAUUGGACAGACACCUCCAACGUCACUGAGAUCCUUCUUCGACAAAGUGCAGUCUAUGCCAAGAAUGUAGCGCAACUGCUGAUUGGAAUCAAAGCACUGACACAUUUUACCUACGAGUACAAGCAAGGCUGGAACCAGAGAAUGGAAGCCUGCAAAAUAGUCGCCGCACUCCAUCAAUACGCAAAACACAGCCUGGAGUAUCUGAGUCUUACUGGGAGCUACGAAGGGAAUGACGAUAUGAAGAAUCCAUGUUUGCAAGGCUUCGAGGUCUUGAAACAAUUCUAUCUUCAGGGCGAUAUCUAUACCGAAUUGCUCUCUUAUCGUGACCUGUCACCUGGUAGGGGAUCCGAUCGAAAAGAAAUUCAGCCUCUGGUAUACGUCAUGCCCGCUUCCAUCGAAAGAAUAGGGAUCUUUCAGGACGGUGUCUCCGGCCACACUUCGGACUUACUUGUCGAUUUCGCGGAGGAGAAAGACCUGCGUCUGCCUAAGCUCAACAAGGUCAUGAUUCUAGAUUUUCGCACCAACCUCAUCGAAGAUGGUGGCGAGGCAAUGAGGGGAAUCUGUGAGAAGGUGGGAGUAUCGCUGGAAACAGAAUGGGAAGGAGGAUAUUGA